GAUUGUAAAAGCGUGCAAAUAAGAAAUUAACUGAUUUCAUCGUAUAUUCAAUGAUAUUACUUUAUUCAUUGCAAAAAUAACCUAUAAUUGUCCAGAAUGAGCGAAAGGAAGAGCAAGAAAAGCAAAGCAGACAUCGCGAAGCAGUUUGACUUGCCGGAGAGGCAGUCGAAGAUCACCUCGCUGCUGAACCAGGCCGGGCAGGCGUAUUGCAUAUGCCGAUCUUCAGACAGUUCGCGAUUUAUGAUAGCCUGUGAUGCCUGUGAAGAGUGGUACCACGGGGAUUGCAUAAACAUAUCAGAGAGAGAGGCAAAGUAUAUUAAGAACUAUUUCUGCGAGCGCUGCCGGGAGGAAGACCCCACUCUAAAGACUCGCUUCAGGCCACAGAAGAGGGAGAAUGAUGAUGAGCCUGUCCGAGAUGACAGAAAGAAGAAACGCAAGGAGAAGGACCACUCGGAGAACAAGUCCAAAAGAACAAGCAACAGAGACGGCUGCGGGGACUGCCCGGGAUGCUUGCAGUUACAGGAUUGUGGACACUGUGAAGCGUGUGAGGACAUGUUCAAAUUCGGCGGCAGCAACAAGCUGAAGAUGAAGUGCAGGCAGCGGGUCUGCAUACUCAAGAGUAAGAAGCCACCGCGACAAUCCAGCAGCAGCAACCGAGUAAAAAAGAAGCAUCACGAGCGAGAGACCUACGAGCCUGAAGAAUCUAUAGCGCACUUGCAGACUAUGGAGCCUAGGCAAUGCUAUGGACCCCAAUGUACCAGGGCGGCUUUGUAUGGAUCCAAAUACUGCUCCUCCCAGUGCGGUAUUAGGCUGGCCACGGCUAGGAUUUAUCAAGUACUCCCCCAGCGCAUCCAAGAGUGGUCGCUCUCCAGCUGUGUGGCCGAACAGCGCAACCGCAAAGCGCUGGAAGUUGUUCGCAGCGGCCUGGCUCGGGCUCAAGCGGCUCUGAGGGCUUUGGAUCAACAACACGCUGCUCUGGAUGCUACUGUGCAGCGAGCAAGACAUGCCACCAUACAGGAGCAGCCUGAGAAGGAGGCCGACGACGAAACGUCCAUGUACUGCAUCACGUGCGGCCACGAGAUACACUCGCGCACCGCCGUCAAACAUAUGGAGAAGUGCUUCGUCAAGUACGAGGCUCAAGCCUCCUUCGGGUCUAGGCACAGGACUCGUAUAGACGGGCAGAGCAUGUUCUGUGACUACUACAAUCCUGCUAAUGGGACAUAUUGCAAGAGGUUACGGGUAAUGUGCCCCGAACACUUCAAAGACCCCAAAGUGAGCGACACGGACGUCUGCGGCUGCCCGCUCGUGCGCCGCCUGUUCGAACCCACCGGCGACUUCUGCCGCGCGCCCAAGAAGAGCUGCCUCAAGCACUACCAGUGGGAGAAACUGAGGAGGGCGGAGAUUGACAUGGAGAGAGUGAGACAGUGGCUGAGGGCUGAUGAGCUGGUGGAACAGGAGAGGAGCAUCAGACACGCUAUGGCUUCAAGAGCGGGCGUGCUGGGCCUGAUGCUGCACUCGACCUACAACCACGAGGUGAUGGAGCGCAUCACGGGCAAGGUGAACGACAAGCCCAAAGACUCCUGACACAGGCCGAGACACAAGAGGAAGAGACCGAACGAAACCAACACUACUACCGAGAAUGUGAAGAUUGCGAAGUAACUGUUACAAGUGUUGUAAUUUUUAUACUUCCCUAUUCGAAAAUUCAAUCUAAGACAUCCACCUC